UGUUUUUAUUUAUUACAUUCUGUUUUCUUCAUGACUAUAUUCGUAAGCGUCACAUCACCGUUUAUUAGCUAUUGAAAGGAAAAAGACACCACUGGAAAGCAAACAGCACUAAAAUUAUCGUUGAAAUAAGACUCUCGUCUUAUAGGCGUUGUUUAUUGGUGAAGUAUGUCAUCGUUUUCUCGUUUCUUUGGAUCCAUGAAGCAUCUGGCAUCCUCGUCUGCCUCUCAAAUUGCAUCUAUCGGUAGGCCUUAUAUGAAACGCUUGUCACGCUAUCAAGAGCCUAUCAUGUAUUGGACAAAGGUUUGGAGGGAAUUUGGUAAGCAGGUUUAUCGUUCGGAAAAAAUAGGUUCAACAUCUCAGUCAAUGAGACGGACGUCCCGCAUAUUUCAGGAUUAUUCCAUGGAAGAUAUUAAACGAGGAACCUUUAUUGCAAUUGAACUAUUAGGAAUAUUUUCUGUAGGACAAAUGGUUGGCCGCCGGAAGAUUACACCUUAUAAGUAAAAUGAUUCUGCCCUAUCUGUAUUCUCUUGCUGUGCUUGUUUACAGAAUUAAUUUUCAGGGAAUAUGACAUUGAAAUACCAUUGAUGACAGAAAUAAUUAAUGACAGAAACGAACAGUACUUUGUUUGGGUAAGGACACCGUUGACCAUCAACUUGUAUAAUAGCUGUUCAUGCAAACGCGAUGACAAAUAUCCUUAAGCGAGAACCAUCAUUGCGCGCGAGUCUAAUUUCUCAUAUGAAUUAGAGUACGUUGGGAACAGGGAGUAUAUAGAUCUUUCAUUGAGUCUAUUGAUGUACCUUUCUUAAUAAAUCGCUUUCCAUGAUAAAAUUGUCGAUUUCAUCGGCGCUACAGGCACAUAAUUAAGAUGCAUGUAAUUACUACGAAAG